AUGACUUCCAACAUUGCAGAUUGUAUAUACUCUCGUCUUGUUGAGGCUCGUGAACUGUCAAUUUUAGAUUUUUUUGAACAGAUUAGGGAAUCAACUAACUACAUAUACGGUGUGUAUGAAGAAGGAAGAAAAUACAUUGUUCGGUUGGAUAUUAGAACUUGCAACUAUGGUAGAUUUCAGCUUGAUGAGAUACCAUGCACGCACGCUAUUGCUGUUUUGAAAAGCAAACAUGUAAAGGAAAUGAAGUCAUACUGCUCAGAUUACUACAAGAAGGAGGCAUUGGUGAAGACUUAUGAAAUGCCGCUUUGUCUAAUGUCCGAUAAACGAGACUAA